AUGGCGGGAGAUAAAGAUGAUACUGAUUGUCAAACAUUACCAUCGAAUGCCUAUGGUGGCACUGGUAGCCUUCGCACUAAAUCAUUGCAACGCGAACAAAUUAUUUCUAAUAUCAAUAUUAAUGAAUUGUUUCAGCUUUCUGUAUAUCAGCUAGAAGUGAAGUUAUCUUUAUUGGAACGCCAAUUACAGUCGUUUGAAAGGGUUCAGCUGGAUUUGGAAACCUUCGAUGAAUCAGAAAUAACUCAAAAUCACCGGGUUAUCUUUGAAGAGGAGUAUUAUGAAAUAAAGUCUGUAAUUUUGGAACGUCUAGCCUUCCAUAAUGGAAUUGUCUCUGAAACUCUUUUUUCUAGCACACGCGUAGCAACUCAAUCAUCCAAUUCUCAUCGACGUCUUUUGCCGACGCUACAAUUGUGUAAAUUUAGUGGUAACUAUAAGGACUGGAUGGAAUUUUACAACGUAGUUUGUCUAUUGGUUCACGACAAUCAAGAGUUGUCCGCAGUUUCCAAAUUCCAAUAUUUAAAGUCUUGUUUAACUGACAGUGCAUCACGCCUUAUCCAUUCACUAGAAGUUACCGCUCCAUAUUACCAAGUCGCAUUUGAUUUGCUGAAGACAAGCUACAACAACAAAAGACAAUUGUUUCAGUCUCAUUUGCUUGAAAUAUUUAACAUUGAAAAGGGAGGUAUACCUGCCUAA